CCUCUCUCGCGCACCUCCUGUGCAGCAUCGAGCUCUGCAAAAUCUGCUCUCUUUCUCCUCGCAGUUGAUCCGUUCGAACGAGCCCGAAUGAUGUCGCGGUCGCUGUGCACCCGCCUCGAGCCCACCGUCCUCCCUCUGCCGCCGUCGGCGGCGGCGACCAACUCUCCCGCUCCGUAUCGUCGCCCUCUGCACUCUGUCGCGUUCGCGCCGAUGAGAGCCGCGCGGUGUGGAGGGAUCAGGGCCGAGGCGACGGCAAAUGGUGGCAGGGACAGCCUCGAUCACCUUCAGAGAGCCAACACCAACGGCAUGCGCCGACCACAGUCUCAGUCUCAGUCUCAGUCUCAGUCCCAGGUUCAGGCUCAGCCCAAGAGAAGAACUACCCCUGUCGCUCCUGUUGGUUUAUGGGAUAGGUUUCCGACUGCAAGGACGGUGCAACAGAUGAUGGAGACGAUGGAGAGGAUAAUGGACGACCCGUUUGCCUACUCGGGUACCUGGCCUUCGCCCCUGCCGAGCGGUGGCGAUGGGUACAGCCGAGGGAGGACGCCGUGGGAGAUCAAAGAAGGUGAGAGCGAGUACAAGAUGAGGUUCGACAUGCCGGGAAUGACCAAGGAGGACGUGAGGCUGUGGGUUGAGGAGAAGAUGCUCAUGGUCAAGGCCGAGAAGUCGCCCAAAAGGACUGCAGAGAAUGCGGUGGCGGAGGAAGAGGAAGAGGAGUGGUCCGCGAAGAGCUAUGGGAGGUACAGCAGCCGGAUCGCAUUGCCGGAGAAUGUGGAGUUUGAGAAGAUCAGAGCAGAGGUGAAAGAUGGAGUGUUGUACAUAACAAUACCCAAGGCCAGUUCUAGGGGCAAGAUUCUGGAUAUCAAUGUCCAGUGACUGUGAAUCUAUUUCUUGUUUAGAAGGAAAUAAAGGUUAAAAUCCAUAGGCCCUUCUUAUUGCCACUCCCUUUCAACUAUAUCUGAUCUGCAUAGCAGAUGACAGACUGCCUUAUCAAAAUUUUUGUUCCUGAGGAAUAUAAUAAAGGCUUAGCAUAAGUGCAAAAUCUGAGCUUGGCUGUGACUCA